UGUAUCACUUACACUACGGAAUCAGUCUUAAAUUUUAGCGCGGUAAAAGUGGUUGUACACCUAAAAUCAAUCAUUUUUAUUAAAAUCUUUGUUAUGCAAAUACUAUACAUUUGAGUUUUGCAAAAAAAUACGCAUAAUUUUAAUUUAUUCUGCUAAAUUCUCCCUUAUUUAGGGACUUAGUCUCUUAAAUUGUGAGGUUUUUAGUGAGUUUGUUGAAGCAAAAGUUCGAAUUACUUUCGCGCGUUAAUUAAUCUUGAACUUUGUGGUGUAAAAUAAUUGAUUGUGAUUGUCAGCAAUAUGAGUCUGAGCAGAUUAAGAAGUGCUGUGCGGUGCGAUUUGGUGAAAGUUAGCUCAUCAUCGGCUGUGGUGUCGAAACUUUUGCCUUGGACGAGAGAACUGGGUACGAGUAGUACGCAACUAAGUGUUGCCCAACACCCGAAGACCGACUGGAAUAGGGCCGUGAGCGAGGCUGAGAAGAUCGUGGGCUACCCAACCUCUUUCCUCAGCCUUCGAUGGGUCCUCAGCGAUGAAAUUGCUAACGUAGCGCUACAUUUGAGGAAGUUGGUGGGAAGCAGUCAUCCUGUGCUGAAAACUGCGAAGAACCUGAUCUACAAUGGCAAGAACAACAUGCAAGCGUGGGGGUUGAUCGUGCUGCUCAUCUCCAAAGCAGCUGGCCACAGCCCCGAGAUCCCUGAUAUGGAGCAGGAUAAAGCAGCUGGAGUCUUGCACAGUCAACGCGCUCUGGCGGAAGUGACAGAGAUGAUGAGAACAUCACACCUCAUCCAUAAAGGGCUAGUCAAUAUGAACGUGCGCCAGCGGUCCUUGGAUGUGGACACUAAUGACAUGCUGUUCGGGAACAAAAUCGCACUGCUCAGUGGAGACUAUUUGCUGGCUAACUCCUGCUCCGAACUGGCUAAUUUGAGGAACCAAGAGUUGGUGGAGUUGAUGUCGUCCGCGGUCCGCGACCUCGCUGAGGCAGAGUUCCUGGGGGAGCGGGACCUUCAGAACAACCCGCUGCCGUCACGACCGCUGCCUCUAGAAGAGCGAGGCACUGCCUCUGAAUGGGACUACGUGAUAGAACCUCUGCCCCUAGAUGGAGUGCUGGGUAGUGCGCGACGGGAGUGGGCAGCAAGGCACACGCUGGCUGCCGGUGCCUUGCUCGGCAAGAGCUGUUCUGGCGCUCUGAAGCUCGCUGGACAUGACGCUGCCUUGCAGAGUCAGGGCUACCUAUUCGGCUGCCACCUGGCUUUAGCGUGGCAAGCUUUUCUGGACUUGGAGUCAUUCACGGGCCCCGAGCCGUCCUCAUUCUCGUUGGUGGGUGCUCCCCUCGCCUUUACCCUAGAAGCGAGACCGGAAUUGUACGCGCACAUUGAGGCCGGCCGCCGCAGCAUACACGAUGUAGACUACCACGCCCUUUACCAGGCAGUGGUCGAAGGUGAUGGAAUAGAGAAGACCAAGCAGCUUCAGCGCGAGCACAUCGCGGCGGCUUGCGGGGUGCUCGACAGCCUGCCUCCAGGAGACGCGCGCACCGCCCUGCUCAAUAUCAUUGUUGCUAUGCACCAUCAACAUUAAAAGAGUUUAUUUUCGGAAAUGAGGGUAGGUCCAACAUUUAUGUAGUAUCAAGUAGAAGGAAUAGCGUCAUAGCGUCAUCAAUAAGCAGUGAUCGGUAUAGGUACCUAGUGCCAUUUGCGAGAUUUGUCUAACAUAGAUAUGCACCCCAAAUCUUGAAUCUCGAAAAUCAAUAUUCGAAUAUUUAUUAAACAUUUAUUUUUGUUUUAUGAAUUAUUUUAGUCAUUUGUAUAUUAUGCAUUUGUAUUGUUUUUGUAUACAAUGUUAUAUCACGCUUUUAUUUUAUUUGUGUGUAUUCUAAUUGUCUUCUGGAUUAACAAAUUUUCACAUUUAUAAUAUGAGUAGGGCUGUACGUAUGAUAUCUCGUACGUAUGAAGAAUUUACUUUUAUUUAAUACAAGAAGAAGACAAUAUUAUAACGUAACGUAAUCUCGAAAUCUCAAAAAUCUCGUGGUCAUAUCCAUACUAACCACAACAUUCAUGGUUAUUAACCUCAAAUGGCUCUACCUAUCACAAUCACUGUCAAUAAGGCAGGGUAAAAAGUCGCUAUGCAUCAUUACAAUUAAGGGAAUCAAAUCUUCGAGAAUGAGGGAAGUUCUACCAAGUACUAAUUCACUUAUUGGGUACCUUGAUUUUGAUACGCCCUCUAACCUUUAAAUGUAAAUUUAUGAACCAACUUAGUUGCGGCGUCUCCGCAUAGAUGGCAGUGUAAUCGAUGAUGUUUCAACAAGAAAGAACGACAACCACAACUGAUGUAAGUUCUCAAUGCAAGUCAUAGAUGGCAGUUAAAAUGCAACUUAUAUUUUUUUUGGUGUAAACAAAGGAAAGAUAAAAAAUAUACAGUCGUUUUUGAACAACUAUGUUAUAAUUAUUGUAUAAAGUUUAAAAAAAUCGAAUUUAUAAUAAUAUAAUAAAAGUUACCAAUAGGCAAAAUCAAUAGGUAGGUAUGUAUUUACUAACAUAAUGUUACCUUUCGUUAUUAUUAUUAGAAACAUAUAGGUAGGUAUUUUAAGAAUUUUACGAAAUGAUAACGUUCAAAGGCACUCUUUAGUUCCGGUUUUAAAACAAAAAUCGUUUCGUAAAAUUAAUUAUUUAGAUUUAUAAUAAGUAACGGAAAUACCCAAAAAAUAUCGUACCUAUAUCGUAAUAUGAGCUUUUGCUCAAACUUUUAUACAUUCCUUGCCUAAACUGUUUAAGAACUUGUUACAUGUUUUGCUUGCAUUUUUAAAUCUGAAUCAGAAUUACUUAUAUUUACACGAAUUCUUGACAAAAUGUA